AUGAAAAGAUUUAGUGAAAUUGCAUAUAUGAAAAGAGUAGAAUUUAUUAAAGCAAAGUUAAUUGAAAAAAUAUCAUCAGGCAUUUGGAGACCAAUUCCAAUAACACUUGAAGAGGCAAAACAUCAGAAAGCUGAAAGUUUAUUAACAAAACCACAAAUUUUAUCUAUUAUUAAUUCUUUAACCUCUUUUUUAG